AUGGACAGUGUAAAUGUCGAAAGUCAAGAGACUCAAAAUGAAAUUAUGCCACUAGGAACACAUAAUGCUCGACGUCAGCGUCAAAAAUUACAGUUUUCACAAGACAAAGAACAACUUCAACAAGAAGAAAAAUCACCAUCAUCUUUGAAACCCUCUAGACGAGCUACUCGUUUUUUAUCAAUUUAUGAUCCAUCUCUACAAUUGCCAAGUGCAAAUAUUAUUCAAUUACAAAAAUUACAUAAACAAAUUACCAAUAAUAACAAUUUAUCAAUCUCAGAAGAAAUAACUGAUGAACUACUUGAUAAAAUACCAUUUCAAAUCGAAAUAAUUUCUGAACGACAAGAUGAUUUUAUUGGAGAGGAAAGUUCAUUGACAAAAAAUCAUCAACAUCAGAAAAAACCUAUGGAAAUACCGAAAGUUAUACCAAGCGGUUUGAGUGAAGAACGUCGUUUAGAAAUCAUUGAAGAGAUUCUUAAAGAUUUCAAUAAAAAAAAUGUACUUGAUGAAAUUCGUCGAGCAAAUGCCAUUCCAUUUCGAUUACCAAAAAAUAAUCAACUACAAAAAAAUGUAGCUGAACGAAUCCGAGAUUUAACUGGAAGUGAAAUAGUUAUGCUUAAUGAUCAUAUUUAUAUGAAAAAUUUAUGUCAACGUAUUGAUGAAGAAUAUAAAAGUAGAAAUCAAAAAAUAAAACCAGUAAAAAAAAUGCAUCGUAUAAUAUCUUUGAUAUUGAUAAUGUUUACAUCAAUGAAAUUUUCAUUAGCAGUUCAAUGUAAUACAAAUCCUUGUGAGUUAGGCGGUAAUUUUGUACCACCUAAUUAUCAAUGUAUACAAGCAACAGACAAUUUUAAUAAUGUUGUUUGUACAUGUCCUGAUGGUCAUGUAGAAAUAAAUACUCGUUGUCGUAUUUGUGAAUCGGUUAAUUGUGGUACAAAUGGUGUUUGUAUCGAAAGAAUGUUUUUUGAAAGUUUAUAUUAUGCUUGUGGUUGUAGUAAUGGAACAAAUAAUUAUCUUAAUCCUGGUCCAUGUCCAAAUGCUAAUCCAGCAACGACAACAACACCACCACCGUCUGGUUUCUGUCUCAACGGUGGUACUUAUAAUACGGCAACAGAUACAUGUAUUUGUCAAGCUGGUUUUACAGGUCGUUAUUGUGAGACACCGCCUGUUCAAACAAAUUGUCAAAAUGUAACAUGUGCUAAUGGGGGUGUUUGUAAUCCAGUACCAUCAAUUGAAAAUGGAGUUGAGAUGCAAUGCUUAUGUUUAAAUGGUUUCGCUGGUCCGAAUUGUGAAUUAGUCGGUGUACCUGGUCGAUGUACACCUGGCUUGUGUCAAAAUGGUGGUACUUGUGAAGAAAGAGUAAAUGGUGCAGCAGUUUUUGCUUAUUGUCGAUGUCCAUCAGGUUUUACUGAUCAAUGUUGUCAAACGCCAUAUUUUUCAUGUCCAGCUCCAGGUUUAUAUGCUGAUCCAAUAAAUUGUAAAUUUGGUCGAUAUUUUCAAUGCACUGGUUUAACUCUAUCAACACUAUCAUGUCCCAGAGGUCUUCGAUAUAAUUUUAUGAAAAUGCAAUGUGAUUCAGAUGUUUCUUGUCCGCCAUAA